AAUUCUGAAUGAAAGAAUAGUAGAGAAAGGUGCUCGUGUAAAUCGUGUGUAGGUGCUUGAAAAUUAGAAAACUGUGCUGAGGAAUAUUUUUUCAAUAAGCAAACAAGAUGAUUCGAGCUACGGUGAUGAUCUCAAUGCUAGCACUGUGGUGUGGUGUGGCAAUGGUACAAGGGUCUCCAGUGCCGAAACCAGCGCCGGAACCAGCCCCGGAACCAGCACCAGCUCCUGGACCAAAAGACCUCAGCUAUCUCGCACUCGACGAUGACGAAGAGAUGCCCAUAAUAGAAGACUACCGAACCAAAAAUUAUGGAGAACUACGCACCGUACUGUCCACCAUCAAGGAACAAUUCAGAGAAAUAAUCGAGGAUCUAUUGGUGCAGGUAGUGAACUAUUUCGAAGAUAUACUUCGGCAAAUUAAAUUGAAGCUACUGAAGAAACUGUCACUGUAUAAAAUGUCAGACGUGGUGCGCGUGGUUUUCGAUGGUGUCACAGACUUUAUGUUAGAACCAGUGCCUGAUUAUUACGAUGAGCCUGUCAGAAAGCCGGCGCCUGUGAGUUCUUACACACCGUUUUCACUGGCUUCUCUUUUGGGUUCAAGAAAAUAAGAAAUAGCACUUGUUAACUCCUUCAAAGAACUUAGGUACUUACCUAAUGUAAUUUAAGGAACCAAUUUAUUUUUUGUGUAAAUACGUAGAUGUAAGGUGUAAUUUAUUUCUGAAUUAAUAAAUUAAGAUGACACUUA